AUGGAUAUUGAAAAUUUCAGUUGUGUUCUUGGCCUCUCCAAGUGCCCUUUCAUUCAGGGAAAAGUGUUGUUAGCUCAGCCCAGGGACACUGGUUUUUCAUUUAGCCACGAUAUCAAUAGUCAUUUGGCCAGCCUCUCCAUUGCUGGAAACACGAUCCCUAUUCCCGACCCUGCUGUUGAGGCUUUCUGUGCCCCGGAUGACUUGAAUGCCAGUGUUGCAAAUCAGGGCCAGAUUAAGAUGUACAUCAACGAAGUGUGUCGGGAGACUGUGUCACUUUGCUGCAACUCAUUUCUGCAGCAGGCCGGAUUAAAUUUGUUAAUAAUCAUGACAGUUAUUAAUAACAUGCUUGCCAAGUCCGUUUCAGGCUUGAAGUUUCCUUUGAUACCAGAGGGAAGUGAAUGUGCUGAGGGGCACGUUGUGAAACCCUUGAUGGGUUUGUCUGAAAAGCCAGUCUUGGCGGGGGAGUUGCUGGGAGCCCAAAUGCUGCUCUCCUUCCUGUCCCUCUUUAUCAGGAACGCAAACAGACAGCUUCUCCCAGAAAUCCCGGCCUCUUAAAUGGCCCCCUCCAACAGGAUGGGACUGAUCCACCCCGAACCAAAACCCGAUCAGUGAACACACACUUGUGUUCUCAAUCAAAGACUCUGCAGCGGGUGCUAUUGAAGAUCCAGCCUUAGCCAAUAGCCCUAUCUCCGGGUGAAAGUUACACUUGCUAAAUCCAGGACCACUCUCUUGCUGGCCAGGCAGGGGUUCCCACAGAGCUCUGAGUAACCUCUUGGUUUUGCAGUCUGCAGGCAGUGCGCAUUGUAAAUUGCUCCCUUGCAGCCUUCUUCCUGUGGUAAAGGGAUCAUUUCAGCUGUGUGGUGAAAGAACAACAUUUUCUAGCCUGACAAGGGAUGCCUUGCCUGUGGUGGUCUCCCUGUCUAAGCUGGACCACCUUGUGGAGGCCAGACCCAUGUGGGAGCUUGUGCCGAAAAUGCAUUGGUUGCUGCGUAGGUUGAAUUCUUUUUCAUUUACUCUCUUUUCUUCACGAGCCUAUGGAUGGUAAACCUAUUCAGCAAAACAUGUACACUCCCCUUCUGUGAGCUGUACUGACUCAGCCUCGUCCACCAAGUCUGCAUUUUUAUGUAUCACCAAUAAAGCUGUGUGCUUUAACUGGCAAAAACGA